UAAGUCGGUCGGCGACAAAUUCUAGCUGUGAAUUACUCUUAUACGAACCCUCUUGCCUUCUGUUCUCCACAUAAACAUAAAAAAGAGGGAAAGCUGAGGUCGCGGUCAUUUUCCCGGCGAUACAAUUGUUUCACAUUGGCUUUCGUGAGUACGCAGGCCGCUUUCCCUGAGCGGCUACAGCAAAUUUCGGUGUUGUUGCAUGCGAAAAGAUGCGGCGCUUCUGAGUUGAUGCACACCCGAGACAUAACAAAAAAAGCCAUAGCUCAGCGAAAAGUCGCACUGCACCGCCUCUUUUAUGACGGUUCUAAGGUGACUGUCUCUGGGAACUCCGCUGACGUACCGCCGACUACAGGGGCUCUCUAAUUUGAGCAGGGUCUUAGCCUCGAUGAUCUUCCGGAGAGGAGCGGAUCAUUUCACCAUGAGUUUCGGGGCAAGAAAAGACACGCUGCUGGAGGCGAACUGGCGUAUCCGGACAGGUAAACGGUAUACGCGAGAUGAGAUGUACAAAACGGGCGGUUCUACGAGACGAUCGUAUAUGACCUUCGCGCCGCAUCUUAGAGUUUCGAACACGACAAUUGCAGAAGCCGUUUCUGUGAGCCGCCCAGUGAACACGAAGGUUUUCUCGGAUUUACAGAGGACGCGGAACUCCGUUUUUGACGGUCCUGUCUCCGCGUCAAGGGAGCAAUGCGUGACGGCAUUGUCAGGUGGGUUUCCUCUGUUUCCCCGGCGAGCAAAUCUGCGGCAGGCUGCAGCACCCGAUUCGCUGUCGAUUGGCUCGCAGCCUUCCUCAACGUCAGCAGGUCCUGUUGCACCCCAAUCUACUUCUCCUACCGCUGUCGUUCCACGCUUUUCAAACCGGCUGGACAGACGCGAGUGCAGGCACGUACUUCACCAUGGGCCGUGCCACUGUCUUGUCUCACAUCGAGUAGGUCACUACAUGUACCUCCUGAUGGAGUUGUCCCACUCGAACCACACCCCGAAAAAUAUUCACUGCCCCAUCGCUUCAUCGGAUACUCCCCCAAGGAAAGAGACAUAUUUCAAAGAUAUUCGGUCUAAUGCUUCGCCGAAAAACCAACAGUGUUACAACAUGAAAGCUGGAGAGAGAGCAACAGCUUGUGCGCAUUCGAGUUCAAGCCACCUGUGUGGUAGACUGCCAGGGAAAGUGCUACGGAACCCGUCAGUCGACGCACAUCUGGAAGCCACCAAAGAAGCAAAAGAAGUGGCGGCUCAUCGGAAGUCAGACACCGCGUUCUCAAAAAUCGUACAACUCAUUCAUCCCCAGACUGCGGAUGCUGGGGAAGAGGACCGCGAGUCGCGAGUUAUGGUUUCUUCCCCUGUGCCUCCUUGA